UCGGAUCAAUUAAUUAGGAUUUCUUGGCACAAUUACCAAUGAUUGUCUUAUAUAUAUAUGUGUGUGUGUGUGUGUGUAUUUGUGCCUUUAAACGUUUCGUAUGGCCUUGCAGUCAUGUCUGUAACAGAAGAUACACUUCCUAUGCCUUUUUCAUUGGACUAAUUAAAACAUGUGGAACAUGACUCAAAUUAAAACAACUUAACUCAAGCAACAACUUAACUACUAAGUGUUAUUUAAUGAAAUAGAUACGUUGUAAUGUACUUAAAUGUAAAAGAGCGUCUUUCCUUUUUUGUAAUCAAUUAUUUUUGCUUUUAACGAAUUAAUUAAAAUGCGUUGUUUCGAAAGUGAAACUUGUUACAUAUUACAAUGUCCAUUAAAAGUAUUGUAAUAAUUGUACUUUUGGGAUCUUUAAUAUAGGAAAAACAUCAGAAAAAAUGACUGAACUAAAUGUUUUAAGCAUAGCAGUUUGAAAAGAAGUAAUACAAAAUAUAAUAAUUAUGGUACAGAAUUUAUGGAAGGAAGUGUUACUUCUUGUUUUUGUGGUAAUUAAUUGUGUCUCCAAAAAAAUUACAACAGUAGAAGAUGACGGCUACUAUUUAGACUCUUUAAACGAAGUUUCUUACAAUUUGGGUCCUGAUACCCUAACAUGUCCAUCUAACAAUGUUAUAACAACAAGAUAUAAAUGUGAAGUAAAAGGAAAAUGGGUGGAUUGUACUAGAAAACAUUGCUGUAAAGACUACAUAUUUGUUGCAGGGAGUUGUAUUUAUAAAAAUGAAGACCCGUGUUCCCUAAAACCUUGUGAACAACGUUGUACUGUAUUUUUUCAAAGAGUCAUUUGCACCUGUUAUGAAGGCUAUAAAUUCAGCCCAGAAAAUCAAAAAAAAGGAAUCAAACCAACAUGUAUUGACAUUAACGAAUGUCAAGAUGGCAAUUCUAACGACUGCGAACAAGACUGUAUUAAUGAAAAAGGGGGCUACAGGUGCGCCUGCAGGGAAGGAUAUGUCUUAAGGGAGGACAACAAAACGUGCACCGUAAAUCCUCAGUCAAACGGUGUAGAAAUGGAAAUGGCUGCUCAUAGGGACAGAUGCUAUGCAAGUUGUGACACCGUUAGCCAAUUACAUGAAAAAUACCGAAAUUUACAAGAAAAGGUGUCAGGAUUAAGUACAGCGGUAAAAAUGUCCAGUUUUGCCUCAGGUCCACCGGGUCCAACCGGUCCUCCAGGACCCCCUGGACCACAAGGACCUCGGGGAUUUCCUGGCCCUGAAGGAGCCUCAUCUUCGACGCUAAUGCAAAAUCAACAAGGAUUUGGUUACUCGGAAUUAGAUGCUUUCGUCCCACUAUCGGGGGACGAUUCAGCCUUUUGCAGAUGCAAAAGGGGGAUGCAAGGUGAACCUGGACCACCUGGAGCAAGAGGACCCAAAGGGGAACAAGGAGAUCGUGGUCCUAGAGGGCCUAAAGGAGAACGAGGAAACAUAGAUUUUGUUCUACUUCUUCUAGCAGAGCUGAGACAUGAUUUAGUCCACUUACAAAACAAGGUUUACAUCAACGGAGAAAAACCACCCAAAUUUGAUUACGACGCUGCACUGAAAGAAUGCAAACUGAAGCACAGGAAACGACACCAUUUCAGACAUGAGAAAGCAGCAACCGUGCCACCCGUUCAACACCAUUGGACGGAAGAAAAUUUUCCGCCACAAAUUGUACGAAAGAAAAGUCGCGAAGAAAUUGGAGAAUUUCAGGACACUCAAAUAACAGAAUCCACAUUACAGCACUUGAACGACCUAAUCGAUGAUCUUGAUUAUGAUCCAGGAUCGGGAGAAAUGACAGACGAAGAUUAUUUGUAACAAUUCAUAAAAGUAUUUAUUAAUUAGAAUGUAAGUAAUUUAUACAACGAUGAUAAUUGACGUAGUUUUCAAUGUAGUUAGUUUUAACGUUAUUUAAUAGAGUAUUUUUAUUACUUUCA